AAGAAAGAAAGAAAGAAAGAAAGAAAAAGCAAGCAGGCGCAGGCCCAGGCGGGGCCCGAGGCGGCUCCACCCACUGCACAGGCGGAGCCUUCCCACCUUGAACUUGGCCUCGGGAAGGCUCGAAGUUAAACUCCUGAAUCUUGCCCAGCCAAGAGUCAGCGACGCGGUGCCCCUUCUCGGUCGACAGCGAGGACUGCGUGUCCCGGGUCUAACAUCGUGCCAACACUGAGACAGUGGAGUGCUGAAGUCUGGGCUCUCUGGCAUUAAGAACCUUCCUCCAGGUCUCAGCCACAACAUGGCUUCCAAACUGAAGUCAGCCAAGGAAUUGAUUGUUUUCUUAGGAAAAUCAGGGAUUGCUUUUCUGGAGGCUACAAUGUUCACCAUCAUCCCCAAACCACGGAAAAAUGUCGCUGGUGAAAUCGUGCUCAUCACUGGCGCCGGGAGUGGACUGGGAAGGCUCUUGGCCAUCAGAUUUGCCCGCCUUGGCUCUGUGCUGGUUCUCUGGGAUAUCAACAAGGAGGGGAAUGAGGACACGUACAGGAUGGCGCGGGAAGCUGGAGCCACAAGGGUCUAUGCCUACACUUGCGACUGCAGCCAAAGGGAAGACAUAUACAGAGUGGCCAAACAGGUUAAAAAAGAAGUUGGCGAUGUCUCCAUCCUAAUCAACAAUGCCGGAAUCGUGACAGGCAAAAGUUUCCUCGAUUGCCCAGAUGACCUGAUGGAAAAGGCUUUAGAUGUGAAUUUCAAAGCACAUUUGUGGACUUAUAAAUCCUUUCUACCUGCUAUGAUCGCUAACAAGCGUGGACAUUUGGUUUGCAUUUCAAGUUCAGCUGGAUUAGUUGGAGUAAAUAAACUGGCAGAUUACUGUGCAAGUAAAUUUGCGGCCUUUGGAUUUGCUGAAUCUGUGUUUGUAGAAACACUAGUCCAGAAACUAGAGGGGAUCAAAACCACUAUUGUGUGCCCAUUUUUUAUCAAAACUGGAAUGUUUGAAGGUUGUUCUACUGCCCGUCCUUUUCUGUUACCGAUUCUGGAACCAGAAUAUGUAGCUGACAAGAUAGUAGAUGCCAUCCUGCAAGAGAAAGUAUACCUAAAUGUGCCAAGGUUUAUAUCCUUUGUGAUGUUAUUGAAAAGUAUCUUGCCUGUCAAGGUGUCAAUGCUUCUGGCUGACUAUAUGGGCGUCUUUAAUGUAAUGGAUGGCUUUGUUGGCAAGAACAAGAAAAACUAAAGACCAACUCAAUGGCUGAGAGCAUCUGAUACCCAACAUUCCAUAAUCCUGAUUUCAAUGAAGAAAAACAUUUUUGUCCAACAUGUAUCUGGAAACUACACGUAUCAUUCUUUUUCUGCUCUCUGGACUAGUAUUUUCAAACACUGCCUUUGAAAAUAAUGUUCCUAUCUGCUUUUUGGUUGGUUUUUUUUUUAAUUAAAAAAAAAUAGCCCGUUUUUGUCAUCUCUGUGUGCAGCCAUGUGUAAGAAAAAGAAUCCUGUCUCUCAUGAACUGACGUUCACUUUGGUCAUUGGGGACAUGGCUCAAAUGGAACACGGGGCUUUGCCUGAACCUGCAUCAGGGCACAGUGAGAGGUGAAGAGGAUGGAUGCGUAUUUUGCUUGAAUGCCUUCUAUACAGAUGACACAGAGGUCAGGGUUCCCUAUCACCUUGCUCUCAGCCUUGGCCUUUUUGAAACUGGGCCACCUGAUGUAAGACACACCAGCAUCCCAUGUCCUUCUUUCAAAAGCCAGCCAUACAAAUGCUCCAUUCUACAUGCCAUGGGCACUCACAGACUAAAUACCAGUCCUGCUCAGGGUACAUCGGGGGCCACUGUGUCCUGCACAUUCCCUGAAUGAAUUUAGUAGGCAGUGAUUUUAGACCAAAUUCUGUAUAGGAGGAUAUUUUUUUUUUCCUAGAAGAGAUCAAAGAAUUGUUGCUUCUUACUUGGAAAAUGACAUUCUACUGAGUUAGAUGAACUGCUGCUUAUUGGGCCAGAAAACAUAUUCAUGCGGUUAAUUUCAGAUGUUUAAUUUAAUAUUUCAGGUUGGGAUUCGUGUUGUAUUUUUCCACGGAAUUUCUAUGCAUUGGCAUUCAUCUGUGCUGCCUUCAUUUCAGAUCUAUUGUAUUCUUACAGUUUAAUGAACUGGCCAACUGCUUUCAUGAUUUGGAGAUUAACUAUAAAAGGAAGAUUAAGAAAAAUAUGUUAAUUACCAUAUCCCUGGAACUCCUUCCCAGGAUGGGAGGGGCAUCUGCCUUGUGAGAAAAACAGCAGCCUUUGUCUCUUACCUUCUUUUGUGUGGGAAGCAGGAAAGGAUGAGAAGUACCUCAGAAGACUCUGUGAGAGUCAAAAAAAACAAGUCGUGAAUAUCUUGGGGGUAAGAUGCUCUUAGAAAGGCAAUGGUCUCAGGGAAUGUGGAAUCUGGAAUCCACUGUGGACUGAUUUAUCUUGAGCUACCUGAAUGAUUCUGACAACUCUGUCCCUGUAUUUCCUUUCCAUGCAGAAAGCCUCCAAAAAAGAGGGAGAAAAAAAAAACGAACAACUUGUUUUACAAUAAUAAAAGCAAUAGCUGAUGCAUGAAACAUGAGAGACAUGGAC